GGAAAAGGCAUCAAACAAAUGGGGUGGACCCCCCAUUCACACUCAUUGAACCAAAGGGACAAAAACACUAUCCUCACCCCCCCCCCUUUCUCCCUCACUUUCGGCCAACCCAUAGCCAGCAAGAACAAGAACCUCCCCAGCCUCUUUCCUCCAUUGUUGAAGAGAGUUCAUCAAGGAAGAAUCACACAAAAAGGAGCUAAUGUGUUAAAAGUGUGAAAUAAUUAAUGUAAUGACCUUAUUAUAACUUCUCCUUUAUUUUUCUUCUACCAUAUGAGAUAUAUAUCAUGUGAAGAAUCCUUAAGAGGGUUCUACAUGUUAUAAGUAUGGAUUAAUGGGUUGGAAAGUGAUUCUAUGUCCAAGAACGGACUUAGAAGCCAAAACGACCGGUUCACCGGAAAAUAACCUUUUUGAGGUUAUUUGUAUUAAUAUGGGUUUUAUGAUUAUAAAACAUUGUUAGGAACUUGUGAAAGGUAUUUCAAUAACUUUCACAAAGUUGAAAAAGUCGCCGGAGUUCAUCAAAAGUCGCCGGAGUUUCGCCGGAGUUCAACCAAGAAGGGUAGAAUUUCAUAGCGCUAAUUCGAGACUUCACCAUGAGCCGGAAGAUGUUUAUGUCCCAGGCCAAAAAGCUGGUGGCCAAGGAGAUGGAGGCAGCUCAGAAAGCCGAAGCGUCAAAGGGUUCGGGCGACGGCUCGAAAUCUCAGGCCGAAGCGGCGAAAAAGCCAGUAGUGAAGCGGAAGAAGAAGCCCGAUGAGGGCCAGCGCACCUUGGCUGAGACGGGUCUGGUGCCGGGCCAGGCUGCCAAGAAGACGAGACGAGACCCUGCUUCUGGUGGUGCUGCUGCAGUCGCUGAGCACGCGUCUGAGAUUCCGGUGAUUGAAGACCUGACGCUGGACAUUGCGUCGUCAGCCCUUGCUCCCACUCAACCCGGCGCUGUUGCCAAGGAGAGUACCCGCACCGGCCGUGAUGUGGCCGCGGGCCUGUAUGAGGUGACGGUCCGGUACCCGACGAAGGGCGGGCUCUUCAAUGAGAAGGUAUCUGGGCAUGACGUCCUGUUCCAGGCUAUCCCAGAUGAGGAUAGGGCGUAUUUACGCCGGCAAGGCAAGGAUGUGCGUCUCUUCGAUGGAGGACUAGACUACGUCGUCCAGGGAGCUUUUAUGCUGAUGGAGCAUCAGCGCCGACAGGAGGAGGAGAUGACCCGCCUCCGGGAGGCUGAAAAGAAGGCCGCUUCUGCGGACGA